AUGCUGAUCUCGGUUUGUUUUUUGGUGUCAACAGCCUUCUUCACCUUUUGUUUUAUUACUUGCUCGCUUCCGUGCCUUUUAGCAGGAUAUUUUGCGAAUAUACCAGAAGUUAGUAGGUUUUUUGUUCCUGAAACAGCUAUACAAACGAUGCCAGAUGAGUAUACGUAUACACGAAACACUAAUAAAGGAACUGCUAGUGUCGAAAUCUACAAUCUGGCCUUUAAAGAGUUUAGGUUGAGAGGAAAAGUUUAA